AUGGUCAUCCAGAUUCCGUGGCUGUUUGUGUGCGUCAGCACCGUGCCGAUCUUCAUGAUCUACACGAAGGCAAAGCGCAUGGAUGCUCGCGAGAUGCACGAGGUUCAGAUGCGCGUCAAGUACCAUUCCGAGUACUGGAAGAAGGGCAACGUUUUUGUGAGCGAGUUCCAGGACAAGGUUGCCGCCCAGGUAAUGCGCACCGCAGAUCCGCUAGUGGGGAGGGACAUUGCCAGCAUCUCCGUCAAGGAGCUCGCCGCCGCGGAGAACCCGGCGUGCGCACGACGAUGGCUUCUCUUUUAA